GGACCGGCCGAGGGAGAAAAGCAGGAGGCCGUCGGGGCCCGGGGCCUCCCGUCCGAACCAGCGGCCUGCCUUUCCUCAAAGAUGGAAGAUCCCAGGGUGAGCGACCCGCCCUCCUUUUUCGGCCAGGAAGGCGUGAAAAAAUAUAAAAGGGACAAGAAAGUUUCUAAAGCGGCGAAGCUCAACGUUUCUCUUGCGUCAAAGAUCAAAUCCAAAAUAAUAAAUAAUUCGUCUAUUAUUAAGAUUUCUUUAAAACACAACAAUCGGGCCUUGGCCCUUGCCCUCAGUUUGGAGAGAGAGAAUUCUCGGCGGCUGACGACCGAAAAAAUGUUCCUGCAGAAGGAGGUGGAGAAAUUGAACUUCCAGAACGCCUUUCUCCGCCAAAAACUCAAUCUUCUGAAUAAGACCCUCAUAGAUAUAGAAGUUUUCAUGAGCAGUAACUUGAUAAGCGCCAUAGAAAUGAGCAACCCUUAUGAGGACCAUCACAGCCCCUUCAUCUUAGCGGACGAGGCGAAGCAGGGCGAGGAAGGUCACCCCGACCCGACGCCGUUUUUGCUGAGGCCCACCCAGUUGCCCAUGAGGGUCCCGCUGACCGCGGACGACGACGAUGAGGAGGACGACGAGGAGGAGGAGGAAGACGACAACGAUCUGGCGCCGCUGGAGUCGUCCCGCCACGAGAAGAGGAGAAGGAGGCGGGAUGGAGAAGAAACGGCCUUUCCGGCCACGGCCGCCCCUUCCCAAGCGAUCCCGUCUCCCCCCGAUCAGGGGUCUCCGAGCGGCCUCGGAGGAGAGCGGAACCAACCUCCAAACUCGGAGCGAAGGAAGGAGCCGAGGCCUGGCAGCGAGCGCCCGUCCGGGCACGUGACCGAAAGGAAAAAGCGGUUGACGUCGGCCAGCUCGGGCCCCCAUCCCGUCCCGCCGCCCCUCGUAUACUUGGCUCCGAGUCCGGAAUCCGUUCGGGCGGGCGACGGCCCCGAGGCCGACGGGGCCCGGGGCCCGGGCGGAGACCUCCCGACCGCGAGAAGGGAGUCGCCGGACGAGGCGAUCGGGGCGGACGGCGGGACCCGGAAAGCCGGAGUCGCCCGGGCGGAGAGCCCGGAGACGGCCGGGCGGAGAGCCGGGAGCCAUCCCGGCCCCAUCUCGGACUCCGGGGACGCGGAGCUGGGAGAGCGACAUCCGUCGGGAGAGACGCCGCCCCGGGAAGCUCCGGAUGGCGGCCCCCCUCGGUCCGGACAGGCCGGAGGGAACGGCUGGAGGAGGACGUAUGUGGUGAGCGGGCCAGAGGCGGCCCCCGGUUUCCCCCCCGAACCGAGGGGGAGGUCUCCCGCCAAGGUCACGGGCGCCCAACCCCGCGGGAGGAACGCCAUCCGCAGGAGAACCUACGUGGUGGAGAAGCCGGCCGGAGCCCAUCCCGAGGCCCGGACGGGCUCGGGGACCGGACCGCCGACGCCCGCUCUUAGCGGAGAAGGGAGGACGAGACCUUCCAAGGGCGGGAAGGAUCAGCCGGAAGCCGCCGGGAAGCCGGGCGGACCCCGAGGAAGCCGCAAGACCCCCGGACCGCUCUCCGGGACCAAGGCCCUCUGGGACGGCGGCGGCGAGGAGGGGAGCGGCUCGGAAGACCUCCUCCGGGGUCCCGGCGGAGACAGCGGGAGCCCUCGGCCCCGGGCGGGAGUCGUCCCGAGCCACGUGGGACCCCACGUCCUCGAGGCCGGAGGGGACGAGGUGGAGGCGGGAGGCCGGGCGUCCUCGGGCCGGCCCCGGAAGGGCGGCGGGCAGAGCGGGGCCGCUCCGAGGAGGAAGAGGCCGGAUCAAUCGGCCGGAGAAAGGCCGGAUUCCAGCGGCGGAGCCAGGAGAGGCGGCCGGCCCAAGUCCAGGAGCCGGAAGAUGGACGGCGGCGGCGCCACCGCCUCUCCCGGGGACCCGUCGGGGGCCGGGGGCGGCAGACCGGACCCCCCGGCGGGAUCGCGCCCUCCGGCCGAGCGGCGGCUCGGGGAGAUCGAGAAGACCAUCAAAGUGGAGCCGGUCGCCUUCCCGGACGAGGCGGCGGGCGACCUGCUGGGUUGGGAGUCUCCCCCGACGUUCCCCCGCAAGACCCCACCGCCAACCGGCUCCCGCUCGGGCGAUUCCGGAGCCGGAGCCCGACAAGCGGCCGCGUUUUCCGCUCGGGCCCAGCCUCCGGGCUUCAGAGCCGCGGCCGUCGACCGCUCCCCGAGGGACAGCCGAGAGAAGAUGGAGGGGCUGAUUUGGAAAGCCGAGCCGGAGACGCCGAUUCCCGGGAACCGGGCGCUGCAGGAUGUGACCAACAGCAGCCUGGUGGCCCAGCAGGUCUGGCCGCCGUCGCCGCGAGGACCGGCGGCCGAGCCCUCCCCGCCGCUCGCCCGGCGGAAGCGACCCGCCGUCUGCUACACGGAGCCCAAACUCACCGGGAAGCUAAGACGGGGAGACGACUUCACGGACUCUGAGUUCUUGCACUCCCCCAUCUUCAAAUCGAAGAAGUCGAAGCACAAAAAAGGGAAGAAGCAGAGGGACGUGAAAUCCUGAGCGGAGCCAGCCAAGAAGAAGAGCUGAAAGAAUUAUAUUUAUUUUUCACUUAGUGGUGGCGGGGGGCGGGGGAAUGAGGUGAAUCCCCUCCCCUCCCUCAUUUUAGUUUUUUUGGUUUUUUGGCCUCGCGGUUUCGGUCCUCACACCCACCGCCCUUUGAAGAUUUUCCCACCGUCCUUUGCAUGAUGCAUGCCAGCUGAUUUAAGGCGAUGUAAAAGCCGUCCCCCUAUUUUCUGCCGAAUAAAGUCAUUUUUUUUUAGCUCUGAA